ACUUGAUGACAUAUAUACCCAUCCAUGAUGUAUACAUACAUGAUGAUGUUCAUAGACACAAGCCCCCCGGUCUAAGAAAGCGCCAUCUCAACGGCUAGAAUAUUUAAAUCCCAAAAACAAGUCCUUUUCAUGGCUUCCAUCAUCCUAAUGCUCUACCUCAGGAAUGGAAACACGGGAAGCUUCACGGAUGAUUCUUUUGUGAAACCGGAAGGUAGUCAGAGGAAUUUGAAUCAGGUUCAGACAGUUCCAAGGACUGAAGGGGAAAAGAGUUUUCUGGAGAUGGAAGACUUGUAUAGGAACUCCAGUGAGGAGAUGUUCUUGAAAUAUUUCAUGGAGACUUCAAACGGGAUGCCAGCGCCAAGCAUGGAGAUGUUGGGUUUUAAGAACCUUUCUCACAGCUUUCGACAUGCAGAUAGUGAGGAGCUUUUCAGAAGUUGGCUCACAAAUGGAGAGAACAAUUCCAACAACUCACCAAGCAUAGUACAGCGUACUCGACAAGUAUCAAGGAGGUUAUCCACUGAACUUGCCAGUUUGUCUAGUCAGCAACAUGUGGGUAUGCUACAAAAGAGGAGAAGCAAUGAAAAUUUACAUCCACAAAAUAAUUCUGUGGCUGAUAAUAUCUUUGGAGAUCUCCAUCAACAAUCAAUCAGUUUUGUCAGGAAUUCUGUUGAAAAGGGAUUGCAGACUACAGAUUUAUAUUUGGCCAAGGCUUGGUUUCAUAGUUCUCAACCCAUGACAAGAAGCCGAUCCUCUGAGUUGCGAAGAAGGUACACUGCUAUGCAGAGCGCUCAAACAACACUAGAUAUGGAGGUUAUGCAAAAUGCUUCUGAGAAUGGCGUCAAUACAAUGAAACAAGAAUUUGUGAAUUCUAAUUGUUUCAAUGACCUUUCUAUGUCUAAGAUUCCAAGCCAAUGGGGUGCAUUCAUGUCUCCUUCAAAUUCAUCCUCAUCUACUCUCAAUACUCCACAAAUGGCUGAUAUAGAUAAAGUUUCUUCUGUUGUGAGCAUGCUGAAGGGUACAUUAGAACGCAAGAAGCUUAGCAACCAGAUUGAAAAAGAAGCUGUUGUGGGUGGCUCUAAUGGGAUUUUUCAUGGUCAUGACUUUGUAGUCAACUGUAGCUUUGAUCAAGGGCAAAAUAAUCAUUUACAUGAAAUGCCAAGAACUUUUCAAGAAGUAUCCCAUCUCCAAGUUAAUGAUCCUGGGAUUUUACAGACAGUUGAAGAAUCCAUAGAUCUUGACUUGGAAGGUUUUGUAAAUCCCACAUACCCAGGCCAGCUGAGCAGAGCUUCUCAAGAACCUUCCCAAAGUGAAUCUUCUGCUGCUGCACCAGUAGUUUCAUCAGGGUUUGAUGCAUGUGAUGGUCCCUGCAAUUCAAGUCAAACUCUAAGCAUUUGUGAGAGCUCAAGGAAACAAGUUGGAAAUAGGAGUCCAGAAAAUGGCACUAGGGCCAAAGAAAUCAGAGAGCGGAUAAUUGACACUUUGAAAGAAGAUCGAAAGAGGGGAAGUCUAGUCCGAUAUGGAUCUGUGACAUCAGCGGUUUCAGUGGACAAGGAGGAUUCCACAAAAAAGCGUAGGGUGGAGCGGUCACGAAAAAUGGCAGAGGCAAAGGAAAGGAAUUUGACACCCGCAAUUCCAUCAGAUAUGCAAUCCGUCUUGAAGCGUUGUGAAAACCUUGAGAAGGAAGUUCGAUCACUCAAACUUAACUUGUCCUUCAUGAAUAGGAAGGAUUCAGAGCAAACCAAACAGAUAGAAGAGCUUCAGAAGCAGAAUGAGGAGUUGGUGGAUGAAAAAGAGCGCCUACUAGAAGAGAUAGAGAGGAUCGUUUCAGAAAGUGGCAAGAUGUUUUAAUUCUAUUUUGCUACCAUGGAUUUCUUGCCAGCUUUAGACUAUUAUCUAUGAAGCAGCAAAACUUUGGCAAGAUGCCCUUCCAAAAAUGUGAUCCUGAUUUUGUAACUUGGGAUAGCAUGGGCUUGGGAAGACCAAUCUCCGUUGGCUUUAACAGAGUAACACAGCCAUUCUCUUUACUGUUAUGCUGUAAGUGAUUGUAAUCUCACUGUAUUAUAUUCAAGUAAAAGAGUAAGAUCUUCAGAAUUC